AUGGAGGAAGAAAGGGCUGCUGAACAUCAGGAUCAAGGUCAGCAAAUGUCUGCAUUGGGUGAGUCAGCAGUGUGUUUUUCAUUUCCACGUCCACGCCAGUAUCGCACUAGGCGUGAACUGGAGGAUCUCAGUGAGUUUGAGGUGAUUCAAAAUUAUCGCUUAUCGACUCGCGACAUAUAUUCGCUGUACGAUCUGUUGGAGGCCGACCUGGAUCCUCGGACACGGACCAAUCGCGCAGUCAGCGGUUUCCAGAAACUGCUGGCUACGUUACAUUUUUUGGCAUCAGGUACAUUCCAGCCUACUUUGUCUCAAACAUGCUGUUUUUCACAGUUGAUACUAUCGCGCUGUAUAACCCAGGUCAUUAGGGCUUUCCGCAAAUUGACGACCCAGUUCAUCAGAUUUCCAGAUACAGUCAGCGGAUGGCAUGAGAUCCAAUUAGGCUUUUUCACCGAACACAAAUUUCCCAAUGUUCUGGGCACGAUUGACUGUACCCACGUGCACAUCAGGCCGCCACGGAAUUUGGAAGAAUGUUUUCGGAACCGAAAAUGCUUCCAUUUCAUGAAUAUACAGGCGCCCUGUGAUGCCAAUAUGAAAUUUACCAAUAUUUUUGUGGGAUUUCCUGGGUCAUCUUACGACUCCUUCAUCCUAAGCCAGUCAUCGCUGUUUGACGAUUUCGAGACAGGAAAAAUGCAGAGUGGCUGGCUGUUAGGUCUUGCGGAUUUUCCUUCCCAAGUUGCAGUAACCAGCGUGGAUGUGAAGGGACACGACAGUUCCCUUGCUAAGGAUGACACUAUUGAAAAUACCUGGAACCUCAUGCUAUUCUCUUCCACAGGUCUUGCGGAUAUUCCAUCCCAAGUUGCAGUAACCAGCGUGGAUGUGAAUUGA